AUGAUAAACUGGUUUACUUGGAUUAGCCUUACAAUUGUAUUUAUUUUCACUGGAUUUAUCAUAUAUUUCUAUGCUUCAAAAGGUACACCUAUGUACGUUUACGUUUUUGUAUAUUUGGGAUACGUUUUACCAUUUGGAUUGGUCGCUUUGAUCCCUUAUGAUAUUUACCUUGUAAACAAUAGCUAGGCUAUAGCUGAAAAAACUCCAGAAAUAAAAGGACAACAAGAUAUAUAAUAAUUAAUUAAAUUUUAUUAAAAAUUUUUGAUUUAUUAUAGAAAUUAAUAUAGAAUUAUCGCAAAUUUAAUAUAAUUCAGAUUAUUUUAUUUAUUGUUUGGCGCGUUGUUUAUUGAACUGUAUUUGUGCUAUGCUGGUAUUUUUAAAAUUAGACUGAUACUUCCUGUCAUUCAAGAAUAUGAAAUGGCUGGGGAAUUUUCCUUUAUGCCAAGGCUGAGGACUGCAAUUUAUCGUCAUUUUAGAAGUUUAUUUCUUGAAGCUAUAGCAGGGCUUAUAUGCUUGAUUUACCUUUUAGUAGAAAAUGAACUUACUAUGUAAAAUCUAUAUAGCGAUUCUUUGCCUAUUUUUUUAAUUGUGUUAACUCCCUGGUAAAAUAAAUAAAUAAAUAAUUAGGGAAAAUUUACUUUUUAUUCAUCUUAUCUCAAAAUUAACCAUGAAAUAGCCUAAAAAAAAUUGUUGAUAUAAGAAGAGGAGUAAGCAACUGCUGGGGGUUAUUUUUAGUCAUAGUUUUGCUGGGAUAUGGUUUAGUUGCAAUUCCGAAGUCAUUUUGGUACGCGGGAAAAAGCUCUGAUUAUUUGAAAUAUCUAUAUGUAAAAGCAACGAUUUUGGAUGAAGGAAUUAUUGAAGUAAAGUAUAAACUUGAUGAUAUUAUACGCCUACUCCUCUCCCUAAGAUAUAGCUAUCUUAAAAGGGUUAAUUUUUUUUAAAAAAUAAUAUUAAAAUUAUCAAGAAAAGUUCCGAAAAUAAAAUAUAAUUUAAAUAUAGUAAUUAUAUAUAAUUUUUUUUUAUAGAAACAAACCUCUUCACUAAAAUAUAAUUUUUAAAAUGAUUUUACCUUAUAGGGAAGUUAGUAAAUACAGCUUCAUAUAAAAUCCAAGAAAAUUCCACUUUACAGCGGCCUCUUGAUAUACUAUUAUCUAUAUGCCCACUUGAAAUGCUUGAACAUCACCGCACAAUGCAAACCCAUGAAUCAAGGGAUUCCACUGAACAAUUAGGAACUUUAAAUGAAAAAAGAUUAAUAGAGCUGCAUAAAGAACUAAAGAAAACAAUUUCUGAAUAUAAAAGGUCAAACUGCAGAUGGGGUCAGCUUGUAGACGAAACAUUAUUAUUAGAAGAUAUUAUCGCGUCUCAUAAUAGUCAAGAAAAAAUAAUAAAAUCUUCAGUUACUUCAGAGAAAUCAGGACUCUUCUCUAUAAAACGAGAAAAAUCUGAAUGGUUAUGACUUACACGAGUAAAGCCAUUUUUAUGCAGAAUUUUAGGAAUAUUCUUUACAUUUAUGAGUAUUUUAGUAAUUCUUGGAGAGACAACUUUAUUUUUAAAAUACCCAAUAGGCCUCUUUCCAAUAAUGUUUGAAGAAGAUUAUGGUAUUAUUGAAACACAAUUGCUUUGCUUGCUGCCACUUCUAUAUAUUUUACUCUGCACAAAAUUUGGGUUAUUUAAUUUGAAAUUGCCUGGCUGGUAUGGCCUUUAUCCUCACAACCAAACAGACUCAAGUAGUAUGGCGUGGAGUGCUUUUUAUUUGGCAAGACUUACAGCCCCACUUUCCUAUAAUUUUUUGUUAUUUUUAAAAAUAGAAAACACUGUUUUUAUUAAUUUCAUGAAAAUCAUUGACAUUGUGCCAGUAGUGGGAAAACAGUUUUCUACCUUUUUCCCAUUGAUUUUAAUUGUUUUUUGCGCUAUGAAUUAUUUUAUAUCAAAAUUAUAUGAAUUCUUAUGUAUUUUUCUUAUUAAUGAAAAAUAUUAUUUUUUAUUAUUUUUCAGUAUAAAUAUUUAUGGGAAAUUUUUAAACGCGCUUGGCAUGAACCAAUUAAGUUUUUCUGGGACAUAUUGCGAAGAAAAACUUAAAGAAGGACUCCAGUUAAUGCAAAGAGCAAGAUCGGAAAGAGAAAGAAAUAUGGGGAUACAAAGCAUCAAAGCAAGGGAAGGAAUUUUGAAUUAUCAAAUGACGAAAAUUGAAUCGACCAGAACAGAUCCUAGGAGACCAAAUUUAAAAAAUGGAUAUUUUUAA